GGGGGGCGGGCGCUGGGGCCCGGGGCGAGCCGGGAGACCUUUCCACGUUUGCACCGCCGCGGCGCGCCCAGCCUUGCCCCUCGCUGCUCCGGUUGAGGCCUCGCGAUGGCUUUCGGGGCUCGGGGUUGGCGGCCCCGGUCGCUGCUCCUGCUGUUGCUCUGGGUGACCGGGCAGGCGGCUCCCGUGUUGGGCCUGGGUGUGAGCUCCGAGCUUCAGAUUCAGCGGAGCUUCGUGCCUGAUGUGUGUCCGCGAACGGUGCAGAGCGGCGACUUCGUGCGCUACCACUACGUGGGAACUUUUCUCGACGGCCAGAAGUUCGAUUCCAGCUACGACAGAGACUCUACCUUCAACGUAUUUGUGGGAAAAGGCCAGCUGAUUGCGGGGAUGGACCAAGCUCUGGUGGGGAUGUGCAUAAACGAGAGGAGGUUCGUGACGAUUCCCCCAAACCUCGCCUAUGGAAGUGAAGGAGUUUCCGGCGUGAUCCCUCCAAACUCAGUUCUUCAUUUUGAUGUACUCCUGAUGGAUAUUUGGAAUUCUGAAGACCAGGUUCAGAUUCAGACGUAUUUCAAGCCCCCCAGUUGCCCUCGGACUAUCCAGGUGUCUGAUUUUGUGAGGUACCACUACAACGGAACGUUAUUGGAUGGGACGCUCUUUGAUUCCAGCCACAAUCGCAUGAGAACCUAUGAUACAUAUGUGGGAAUUGGAUGGCUGAUUCCUGGAAUGGACAAAGGGCUGCUGGGCAUGUGUGUUGGGGAGAAACGGAUCAUCACCAUCCCCCCUUUUCUGGCCUAUGGGGAAGAGGGAGACGGGAAAGACAUUCCUGGGCAGGCAUCCCUAGUCUUUGAUGUUGCAUUGUUGGACCUCCAUAACCCCAAGGAUAGCAUUUCCAUUGAGAACAAGGUCGUCCCUGAGAACUGUGAGCGGAGGAGUCAGAGUGGGGACUUCCUCAGGUAUCAUUACAAUGGCACGUUUCUGGACGGCACCCUCUUUGAUUCCAGCUACUCACGGAACCACACCUUCGACACGUACAUUGGGCAGGGCUAUGUGAUUCCUGGGAUGGAUGAAGGCUUGCUUGGUGUUUGCAUUGGAGAGAGGCGAAGGAUUGUGGUCCCUCCUCACCUUGGCUAUGGAGAAGAAGGAAGAGGGAAUAUCCCUGGCUCGGCCGUGCUGGUGUUUGACAUCCACGUGAUUGAUUUUCACAACCCUUCAGACUCCGUCAGCAUCUCUUCGCACUACAAGCCCUCUGAUUGCUCGGUGCUGAGUAAGAAAGGGGACUACCUCAAAUACCACUACAACGCCUCGCUCCUGGAUGGGACGCUGCUGGACUCCACGUGGAAUUUAGGCAAAACGUACAACAUUGUGUUGGGAUCUGGACAAGUUGUGCUGGGCAUGGACAUGGGUCUGAGAGAGAUGUGCGUGGGAGAGAAGCGGACGGUGAUCAUCCCGCCCCACCUGGGCUAUGGAGAGGCUGGUGUGGAUGGAGAGGUGCCUGGCAGUGCCGUCCUGGUGUUUGACAUUGAACUGCUGGAGCUUGUGUCUGGCCUUCCGGAAGGGUACAUGUUCAUAUGGAACGGCCAAGUGUCUCCAAACCUCUUUGAAGAAAUUGACAAGGAUGGCAAUGGGGAAGUCCUCCUGGAGGAGUUCUCGGAGUACAUUCAUGCUCAAGUGGCGACAGGCAAAGGGAAGCUGGCUCCUGGCUUUAACACUGAGAUGAUCGUGAAGAACAUGUUCACCAACCAGGACCGGAACGGAGACGGGAAGGUCACGGCCGAGGAAUUUAAGCUCAAAGAUCAGGAAGCCAAACACGAUGAACUGUAAGUUUGACAUGGCCCGGUUUGUGCCAAGGAGUGCAUGGCACAAAGAGAGCUGUCGUGGUAGAGCACACUUCAAGGUGGGAAGAUGUCU